AUGGCAUCGCCUUCCCUACCUGCAACAAUGCGAGCAAUCAUCCACACUCAGUCAACACAAACCCUAGCCCUUUCCAACAACGAGCCCCUCCCAGAUCUGCCUGCGGGCGAAUACCUCCUCAAAAAUGAAGCCGCCGGCAUAACGAACGGUGAACUUUUCUGGCCGCGGCCCCCUGAGCUCGACAGAUCCUACCCUUGCGUCGAAGCAGCCGGUGUCAUAGUCCAGGCCCCGAGCAGAGGGAAAUUCAAGCCCGGAGACAAAGUCUACCACCGCGUCGUCUACCCCCGAGGCGGCGGAGCAAGGGAAUACUCCACCGUAACAGAAGACGUCCUCGCUCUCAGGCCAGAGAGCAUCAGCGCCGAAGAAGCCGCCAGUAUCCCCGUCUCAGCUCUAACAGCCUGGCAAGGCCUCUUCGAACAAGCCAAUCUAGAACCCAACUUCGACACGACCUCUCACCCACCGAAAUCCCAGCGUCCGCAAAUCUUCAUCAACGGCGCCUCGGGCGGCGCGGGGAAUUGGUACGUCCAGCUCGCCCACGCGGCGGGAUACUACGUCGUCGCGACGUGCAGCACGAAGAAUAUCGAGCUCGUGCGCUCCCUUGGUGCGGAUGAGGUGCUCGAUUACACGAAGACGCCUCUGGCGGAGUACUUCACAACCCACCCGAAAUACCCCCUCGUCUUCGACAACGUCGGCGGUAAAUCCCUCCUCGCCGCAUGGCAUGCCGUCGCACCGGGCGGGAAGCUGUUUACUAUCGCUCCCCCGGGCGAGAUCUCGGAUUUUGUGAACUGGAAGUAUGAGCUGGAGCCUCCGAACGAUAAGGGGGUUAGUGAGGGUGUGGAAGGGAGGUUCUUUCUUAUGAGGGCUGAUGGGGCGCAGUUGGGGAGGGUUACGGAGUUAGUGGAGGAGGGGAGGUGUAGGGGGGUUGUUGAUGGGGUUUGGGGGAUGGGGGAGUUUGAGGGGGCUUUUGGGAGGGUUGGGAGCGGGAGGGCGGUGGGGAGGGUUGUGAUUAGGAAGCCUACCCUUGAGAUGACACGCCAAGCCGAUGAGGAGGGCAUGGAUGCAGACAGUUUUGAUACGCUGAUGGACAUGAUGAAGCAGGCUGCCGAUAUGUCCAAAGUCUCUGGCAUCAAGUCUGAAAGGCUCGCUGAGGAGGGGAAAGACGUGGAGAAAGCACGUCUUGCGUUUGUGGCAGCGGCGAGGGGCCUGCAGAGGCGCCCAACUCCAUCUGGUGAUACCUUGAUGCACUUCGAAGAGCUUUUGCUGGAUACACAUCAUCGUGGACGAUACGUGUUGGUGCGCGUCGUCGAAGAGCCCAAGUUCCAGCCGUCACGCGCCAUCACCAUCGUUCAAGAUGCCCACAAGCAGGCUGAGUUCGUCAUACUUGAGCACGGCCAACACCAACUCGACAGUCGUGUGCUUCCCAAAGGCGGCUUUCUUGCCAUUAAGGAGCCGUACUAUACAGUGGAAACAGACCUGCAGACCUGGUACAUUCGUGUUGACCACCCGAGCGACAUUGUACAGUUGUCACCGCAGUCCGCCAUGUACCUGCUGCCCUUCGCCAGUGGAUAUCACCAAGCCGCGUACUGCUACACGGAAGGCCUCGCCUCCGUCGGCGAGAAUGUCGAGCUCAAGCUGGAUUUGCUACGCAAUCGAGCGUACGCCAAUCUUGAGCUUGGCUACUAUGAUUCCGCUGAGAGAGAUGCCCGAGCCUCUGUCAGCAGUGGAAGAGUCGCAAUCACGGAUCGUGACAACAGUGACGCUGAGCAGCUUCUUGCCAGAGUAUCUGCCCGCCAACAGGAGCAGAGCUCCGGCACCUACGAUUUCGAAGCCAUGAUUGAGGGCUUGGACAGUUGCCCACGGAUAGAUGCCGCAGACUUUGUGAAGCAGACCGAGGUCAAAGCGAGUCCCGGUCGUAGUCGAGGUCUUUUUGCAACGGAGGACAUCGAAGAAGGCGAAAUCAUACUUGUCGAGAAGGCCGCCCACAUCAUGUUCGACAAUGACAGCGACUUCUACCUCGCCUUCAACUACGACAGCACCUCAGACCAGAUCUACAGGGAUCAAGGAGCUCUUCUGCAAAACAUUGUGCGGGAGCUAGAUCGUAAUCCUUCCAGGCUCGGGGAGAUUCUUGAUCUCUUCGACAACAACUACGCCAAGGAUCCAAGUGAGGGCACAGAGUUUGAUGGCAAGACCAUAAUUGACGUCUUCCACAUCCGUCAGCUGAUGAUUCACAACCUGUACACAUGUGCGACUCCAUCGACGGCUCAAAAGCGAAGAAUGCUCGGUUUCGUCUCGUAUUCGGGCAUACAGAACGCCGGCAUAUGGCCUCGCGCCAACAUGAUGAACCACUCAUGUGUACAAAACGUUCGGCGAAGCCACAUCGGUGACCUCCUCAUCUUGCGAGCGGCACGUCGAAUCGAGAAGGGUGCUGAGCUCUUUUCUGUCUAUCGCGAGGAUUUCGACUUUGAGCAGCGGCAAUCCGUCCUCAGCCUCAGAUGGGGCAUCAUAUGCUCCUGCGCAGUCUGCACUGCUGAGCGCAGUCAAACGCCACAAGUCCGUCGUCGUCGUGGAGAGCUUGUUGCCAAGUACAAUAGCCUUGUCAAGCCAUCAGGCAUGAUCGUGGAUGGACAACUGCUGGAAGACAACACAGAGGCAGUUCUCCGAAUCUACCUCGAUCUCGACAAGACGUAUGAACCGGCGUUUCAAGGAUUGCCCGAACUCAUUGCCUGA